AGUAGAAAUGUUUAGAUUAAGGUCCUAUAUCUUUUCAAAAUUUCCAUCUAAAACUCAAAACCCUCUUUCCAAGUAAGUGAAAAAUGAAAAACCUAAUUUGCAGUUGAAUAGUCCAGUGAGGGAAAAUUGGAAGAAUGCUUCAACAAUGGCGAUCUUCAGGUUCCUCAACGCAAUAGUCAACAACAGCAACCGCAACGGCAAGACGAACACCAUAGCACGAACCUUCCUCACCUCAACAACCGCCACAACCACCACCUUCUUCCCAUUACGCACCACUCUCUUCCCAUUACACUCUCAUCACGGCCCUCUCUUCCUCGCUUCUCCACCGUGGAAGCUCUCUCAGGCCGCCACACCUCUUCUUCUCCACCCCAACGCCGUCGUUUUGCGAAAGGUCAACUCCAUCAAUCUCAAAUUGCUUCGCGCCGCGACUAUCCCGUUAGCACCGCUUCACCGCCGUCGGGUCGAUUCCCAUUCCAAAAACCCACCACCCCAACAAGUUCUUUUUCUCCACACUUUCCUCAAUGCGCCAAAUCUCAUCUCUUUUUCCCGAUUACUCUCGGGUCCUGUUCUUGGAUGGAUGAUCAUGAAUGAUAUGUAUACUUCAGCAAUGGUGGGGUUGGCUAUCUCUGGAGCAACUGAUUGGCUGGAUGGAUAUGUGGCUAGGAAGAUGAAGAUUGAUUCUGUAGUGGGUUCCUACCUUGAUCCCCUUGCUGACAAGGUUCUUAUUGGUUCUGUUGCUAUUGCAAUGGUGCAUCAAGAUCUACUGCACCCUGGACUUGUUGGGCUUAUUGUGUUCCGAGAUGUCUUCCUUGUUGGUGCUUCAGUAUUUCAAAGGGCAAGUAGCUUGGGUUGGAAGUGGAAAAGCUGGUUUGAUUUUUUUAAUCUUGAUGGGACCCAUCGCCAAAAGGUUGAACCACUCUUUAUAAGCAAGGUGAAUACAGUGUUCCAGUUAGGAUUAGUUGUUGCAGCUCUUCUUCAACCAGACUUUGGGACACAAGAAACUCAAUCAUACAUUACUUAUCUGAGUUGGUUAGUAGCUUCAACAACAAUGGCAUCUAGUGUAGCAUAUGGAGCAAAAUAUAUGAGAUCUGGAGCUAUGCUCAAGUCAGCGUAAUUGAGGUUCCGUUGACGCAAGUACCAUGGAGCAUGCUUAAGUGGAGAUUCGAGCGAUACUUCAACAGACAUGAAGACUUGUUUGUUUAAACUGUUAAAAUAUGUUACACUAAAAGAUAAAAGAAAAUUACAUCUGUGGACUUGUUUGUUCAAAUUUUUAACAUUUUUUUACUUACAUAGUUCAUUUGGUGCUA